AUGGAUCUCACCACCAAUGACGCGCCAGAUGCAGUUUUCGGCGAUAGGCUGCGUCGAUUCCAAGAGUUUCUCGAUACUUUCUCCGGUUACAAAGACACUGUACGUUCCAUCCAAUUGUACAACGCGUCGCAUCGCGGGCCGGAAGAAGGCGCAGACAAGAAGAAAGCUGAUAUCACAGAGACGUUACCUCAGCGGAUCACCAUUUCUCUUGAUGAUCUACGUGAAUUCGACAGAUCGUUCUGGACCGGUAUCCUGAACUCUCCAGCACAGUAUCUACCUCCAGCGGAACGCGCGCUCUCAGAGACUGCAAUGGUCCUAGAGGACAAUCCCUCGGGGUCAAUGGCCACGUUCGCAUCACAGCAAUGGCAUUUGUCCUUCAAGGGCUCGUUCGGAUCACACGCACUAUCGCCCAGAACGCUAAAUUCCCAUCAUCUCAAUCAGCUCAUCUCGGUCGAGGGUAUCGUGACCAAGGUCUCUCUUGUGAGACCCAAACUAAUACGUUCUGUGCACUAUGCGGAAAAGACUGGCCGGUUCCAUUAUCGUGACUACAGGGAUGCAACCACCACACUAACCACUCAGAUCCCCACUCCUGCCAUUUAUCCCACCGAGGACCCCGAAGGUAACAGGCUCACCACCGAAUACGGUUACAGCUCCUACAUAGAUCACCAACGGAUCACUGUUCAAGAAAUGCCGGAAAAGGCCCCUCCGGGCCAAUUGCCUCGUUCCAUUGAUGUCAUUCUCGAUGAAGAUCUCGUAGAUAAGACCAAGCCUGGUGACAGAAUUAACAUCGUCGGUGUUUAUAAAUCUCUCGGUGCAGGUGGUCUCAAUGGCAGCGGUGGCUCCAAAGAGCAAUCUAGCGCUCUAUCUGGUUUCAAAACGAUUAUUCUCGCAAACACCGUGUAUCCACUGCAUGCGCGUUCAACUGGUGUUGCAGCCAGACAGGCCCUUUCGGACUCAGAUAUUAGAAAUAUCAACAAGCUUUCCAAAAGAAAUGACAUUUUCGAUCUGCUGUCUCAAUCUUUGGCGCCUUCGAUUUAUGGACAUGAAUAUAUCAAGAAGGCAAUCUUACUGAUGUUGAUGGGCGGUGUAGAGAAAAAUUUGGAAAAUGGUUCUCAUUUAAGAGGGGAUAUCAACCUUCUGAUGGUGGGUGACCCCUCUACUGCCAAGUCACAAUUGCUUAGAUUUGUGUUAAACACAGCCUCUUUGGCUAUCGCUACAACUGGUAGAGGUUCCUCUGGUGUAGGUUUGACAGCUGCUGUUACCAUGGACAAAGAAACUGGUGAGAGAAGACUAGAAGCAGGUGCAAUGGUUUUGGCUGACAGAGGUAUUGUAUGUAUCGAUGAAUUUGAUAAGAUGAGUGAUGUGGAUCGUGUGGCCAUUCACGAAGUCAUGGAACAGCAAACGGUUACCAUAGCAAAAGCAGGUAUUCAUACAACUUUGAACGCCCGUUGUAGUGUGAUCGCAGCAGCAAACCCAGUUUUUGGCCAAUAUGAUGUUAACAAAGAUCCUCACUACAACAUUGCGCUUCCUGAUUCCUUGUUGUCCAGAUUCGAUUUGUUGUUCGUGGUGACGGAUGAUAUUAAUGAAAACACUGAUAGAGCUAUCAGUGAGCAUGUCUUGAGAACACACAGAUACCUGCCACCGGGCUAUCUCGAGGGUGAACCAAUAAGAGAGGCUAUCAAUUUGUCAUUAUCUGUCGGAGAUGAUGAUGAAAAUAUUGCAGAGGAGGAAGAAGAUGACGAUGAUGAAGGUAAGAUAUUUGAGAAAUUUAACCCACUUUUGCAUGCUGGAGCAAAGUUGGCAAAAAACAGAGGUAACGCUCAAGGAAAUGAGAUUCCUCAAAUUGCCUCCAUUCCUUUUUUAAGAAAGUACGUUCAAUAUGCAAAGGAGAGAGUUGUACCUGUUCUCUCGCAAGAAGCUGUUGAUUUGAUCGUUAAAUCAUAUGCUGAUUUAAGAAAUGAUCAAAAUACGAAAAAAUCGCCAAUCACCGCAAGAACGUUAGAAACUUUGAUCAGACUUUCAUCCGCCCAUGCUAAAGUGAGAUUAUCCAAAAUUGUAGAUCGUCAAGAUGCAUUAGUUGCAUCGCAUUUGUUAAGAUUCGCACUUCUUGGUGAAGAUGAUGUUAGCGACAACUUUGGUAUCGACGACAGUACCCAGAGAUCACCUGCAAAAUCCCCUAGAAAAAGACAGCGUGUCAGAAAUGUUGAAAGCACACCGGUCGACUUGCAGUCAUCUCCUACAAGGGCGGUAAGGGCCCUUGUUAGCUCGCCCACUAGGCAACGAAGACGACAGAUAUACUCCGAUGACGAAAGUGAUGAGAAUGUUCCACUUGAAGAAGACGAUAAUGAACCUGUUGGUGAUUUAAGUUCCACUAUGGUUGCUCUGCCGGCAGAACAAGAAGAAGAUCUACAAAGACGUCUGGAAAUGGGAUUAAGAGUGUCUCCAAGAAGAAGACAACAACUUGCUUCUACCCCCGUCACCGAAACUGGCAGGCAUAUUUUAUCACCAUCUAGAAAUGUAAGAGCUUCUCCAAUUCUUCCCCAUGAACAAAUUGAGGAUGUUCCUGAAGUCGUAUCCAUGGAGGCAACAGAGCCGGGAACUAUAUCUACAGGUAGAUUAUCACUUAUUUCCGGUAUUAUCGCGCGAUUGAUGCAAACAGAUUUAUUCGAGGAUGAGUCUUAUCCUGUUGCUUCCCUACUAGAUAAGAUUAACGAAGAACUACCUGAAGAGGAUAAAUUCUCUCCACCUGAAUAUUUGGCGGGUUUGAAAAUCAUGAGUGAUAGAAAUAAUUUAAUGGUUGCUGAAGAAAAGGUAUGGCGUGUAUGA